CUCCAUCUUUCAUCAUCAUCAUCAUCUGUCAUCAUCUUCAACUUUCGAUUUCAUCCAAUAUUUCAUCAUCUAACUGUCGGUCUUUCGCUUCCUAUUUCUUUCACUUAUCUUACUGGACUUUUUCUGGUCUAAAAUUCGGUUACUCCCUUCUUCAUCUCAGCCAGUAGCUGAUACGAUAGGAGUUCACAGCGAUGGUUGUCUCGUCCCUUGUUCGCCGAGGCAUGGAGCUUGCCUCCGACAUGCCCAUGAACUCCAAAAAUCCUGAAGUGCCUUCUAUUCAUCUCUCAGGGUGGCUGGCUGGCCUUUUUGUCUUCUCUGUCCUAGCUUUCUUUUUUGUUGUCUUCUCGAUCGAAUACACCUACGGAAUGGUGGUUGCGGCCCUCGCCGCCGUCGAGGAAACUAACCCCGAUAUCUAUAUCCGCGUCAAGACCGAUGUCAACCCCAACAAGGAUGUGGACCUGGCUGAGCCCGAGGUAGACACUCGUCGCCGUCAGCCUAUCACCAGUAACUUGCGCACCACCAUUAAACAUCUCCGUUCCCGUGCCGGCUUCUGGUCUCGUUUCCGCGGUUUUGGUCUGUUCUUCACAUACUCUCUGGCCGAGGGGUUCCUAUUCUCGAUUCUACCUAUGUCCAUAACCAACUUUGCCGGGCAACUGGUCGCCAGGAUGAUUAUCGGCAUAGCCCUGGCCAACUUGGAGCUGACCUGGGUGCAUAUUGUGAUAUCCGAACCCUCCUCCAAGCGCUUCUACCAGCGCAUUCCCGGUUUCAAGAGCUGGCUGAAGAUUGCUCCUGUCGUUGCCUUUGAGCAAGGCGUUGUCUGUGCCGCGUUCUACAUUCCUCUACUUAUUGCCGGAGCUGCUGGGGCUCUAAGCGACUUGGUUGUUGAUCCCAACGCUAACAUCCCACCGGCUGAGCUUGUGAGCCGCGCUGCCACGGCCAUCGCCAUCCCAUCCCUGCUUGCCGGCCUCGUAUCUAUCCCCGCGCGGGCUGUUACAAUCCGUGUUGCGGCCUCCAUGCUCCCAAAGGAGGAUGAAGCGAUCAUACCCUUUGAUCGAUCCUUCGGUGGAAAGGUGGUUCCUGCCACUCUGGGCGGCAGCGGUAAGCUCAGCAUUAAAGAUGCAUGGGCGAGCUUUGAUGGAGCUGCUCGCAUUCGCUACGUGAAAGUGAUCGGUAAGGCAUUUGCCAUGGAGUUUGCCGCGAUUAUCCUCUUUUCAUUUGUACUUGGAUGCCAAGUCCACGCGGGGGCAUUGACGUACGGUGUCCGGCGUAGCGAGGUCAGCGCUUAGCUGUUCCGUAUACCAUAACGUACAUGAAAUUUUGUUUAAUUUUUCUAUCCUUCUUCUAUUAUUAUCACCUCUUUCUUUUUCUCCUUUUGUUUAGUUACACAACUUUGGACAUCACUUUUCUCGUCGUUGUGUCAUAGUAGGUUACUCAUCCACUACGCAUCGGCCCGAGUGACAUUAAAGCCGGAAAAGUUUCGUUUCGGUUGUCCUUUUGACCUCUCCAAUUGUGUUGAUACAUGCGCUUUGUAGCCCCUUGGUUAGUAAUUACGCCAAAGACAUACUUGUUCUUCUUGCAUCCGGAAUGCUCUGUUGAAUCUAUUCUACAUUAUGCAUAAGACCGC